UGCCUGCCCAAACAAUCGUUACUAGCUGCUGCUCAUAGUAAGCUCAGAAAAAGCGAGUGAAUCACAACUAAAGUAACAUUUUGACGGCAAAGACUACCUACUAAGAAAGUGCGGAAAUAAGCGAAAUGCAGUGAAAUCACAGGAAAAACUAUUGUAAAUCCUAAAUAAAAUCGAACUGAACCGUUAUAAGCAUGGCAUAAAUAUGUUAAACGGAAAUGAAAUCACGUAAAUCCGAAUUAAACAACACACAACCUCAGCAACAAACAAAAGUAGCAAUCAUUCCACUCAAACAACGAAAAUAUUCAACAUCAAUAUGAUGCUUAUUACAAUGCUUAAUGCCAAUUGGGAGAAGCUCACCAUAAGCAACAAUAUAAAUUUAGGGAUAUUUAUGUUGCUCUUCAUGAUUUGCGCACUCGAGGUGAUACUGUUAAAAUUGACUACCGCCGACACCAGCACCGCCAUCAUAUUUGAGCGCGGCGACGCUGGAGAUGAUGAUGAUUCCAGUGAAUUUGAGGAAAGCAUUUACUAUGAAGAUCUGCGCAAUAAUUACGAACAAUGGACGCGAAGGCAAAUGCGCUAUCGACAGCAAAGUCAGAGGCAGGAGCAGGAAAUGCUUAGUCAUUUUCGUAGCCAACCACAACAGCAACAAGUGGUUAACACCUGUUAGCUGAAUUUGAAUGUUUUUGUUAUAAAAUUUUGUAGUUCGUGGGUAGUGGCAUUUAAUUUCGAAGUAUUAAUUAAUAAACGAAACAACAUUUUUCGGAAGACUUAAAAAAGAAUUUGUGAAGUAUUAAAUAUGUAAAAAUAUAUAUAUUUAUGUAUAUAUAUAUAUAUUUAUGAUAAUCGUUGCGUUUUUUGGCCGAUCUGCACAUUCUAAUUUGUGGCGCGUUGUAAAUAGUCUCCGCACGGAAAUGGAAUCUUAUGAGAAGCUAUCUCCUACAGAUGUUCAGCAGCACUUUCUAGAUGUUCGUCUUGGACUCGAACCAGUGCUUGUGUGGCUUGUGGCACUAAUACCCAUUUGGGUAUUGCGGUCCAUAUAAAUGGAAAUUUAAUAGAUUAAGCGUGCCAAAUUGUAUGUGUUUUGUAAGUCGGAAAUGACCGUUGAAGUAAAUUUAAUUUUAAAAUAACUGUUUUUUACUUUAUGCUUAAAUGAAAUAAUAUUAAUAGGAAAACAAAGUUAAUGAAAAGAAAGCAAUAAAAGGAAAAAAGCUCGAUUGAAAUAUACAUAAAUGCGAGUAUGUAUGUAAUUUUAAAAUAUAAUAGAAAAACUAUGUGAUAAGCGGGAAAUGAAUAUUUUAAAUUUGUCUCAAUAAGUUGCAAUUCAAAUGUUACAAAUAAAAAUAUAUUAACGUUAAAACUGCAAACGAACAUAAAUAUAUAUGUAUGUAUGUGCAUGCUCCUUUACACGUAGUACAAUAACUUCUCUGCUCAAUUAAAAAUUUAGAGCUGAACAUUUGCACCUGAGUGCGGAGUAAAUUUGGCUUUGUUAAAUACAUAUGUAUGUGUGGAUGAAUGUAGUCCCAGAGUCAACUUGUAUUUCCCUGUUUGAAACAACCCGUAUACCGUUAAUUAGUGUUUUUGAAUAUAUUUAUCAACAUAAUGUCGAGAUUAUUGCAAGCUCGGCCUUCACAGCGUUCAUGAACCUUUGCUUUUGAAUGCUU